CCAAAGCCGUGUCCUACCUGGGGCGGUGACCAUAACCGGAUCUUUCUAUCCUGCUUCCCCCUCUCCCUCUCCCCGUCCCCUAGUUCUUUUUUCUACUCCCACCGCGAAGAGCACAAGAGGGAAGAAGAGAGAGAAAGAGAGAGAGGUCGUCAAGAAGACGAAAAGAAGGGAGGCAGGGUUUGGAUUGGAAUUAGAGGUAGGCGGGUAUGGCGUUGAAGUUUUUGAACAAGAAAGGAUGGCACACGGGGAGUCUCCGCAACAUCGAGAACGUGUGGAAGGCCGAGCAGAAGCACGAGGCCGAGCAGCGCAAGCUCGAGGAGCUUCGCAAGCAGAUCCAAGAAGAGCGCGAGCGCUCCGAGUUCCGCCUCCUCCAAGAACAAGCCGGCCUUGUCCCGAGGCAAGAGCGGUUGGAUUUUCUCUACGAGUCAGGGCUGGCGGUGGGGAAGGGGAGUUCGGAGGGAUUCAAGGCGCUCCAGCCCCAACCCCCGGCCGCUGCACCAACAGCAGAGGCUAGUUCCUCCAAGGCAGCUGUUCCUGGUGCUUUAUUUGAGGAUAAGCCUCAGUCUGCAAAUGAUGCUUGGAGAAAACUCCAUUCAGAUCCCUUGCUUCUUAUCCGACAACGUGAGCAGGAUGCACUUGCCAGGAUAAAGAAUAAUCCGAUCAAGAUGGCCAUGAUCAAGAAAUCUGUAGAAUCUGAGAAAAAGCAGAAGCAUGAAAAGAAGGAAAAACCAGAAAAGAAAAAACACAAGCAUCACCAUAGCAAGUCUGAGAAGGAGAAGCAUUCAUCCAAAGUUCAUUCAGAUUCAGAAAACACAAGCAAAGGAGAAGAAGAGACGAGAAAGAGAGACACUGCAACAUCUGAAAGGCGAGAACACAGCAAGUCAAAGCAUGAAAAGCGAUCAUCUAGAAUUCAUGCUGAUUCUGAAGUCAGUAGCAAAGGUGAGGUAGAGAGAAGAAAAAGGGACCAAUCAACAUCUGAGCAUCACCGACAUAUUAACUCAAAGCAUGAUAAACAUACAUACAGAGUUCAUUUAGAUUUGAAAAACACAAGUGACGGUGAAGAAGAGAAAAGAAAGAGAUAUCGUUCAACAUCAGAGCGUCAUCGACACAGUUACUUAAAGCACGAGAAGCAUUCAUCCAGAGGUCAUUCAGAUUCAAAAUACCAGAAUGAGGGAGCGAGCAAAAAGGGUGAUCUUUCAAAAUCUGAGCAUCUUCAUCGUAGUUCUGAGCUUGGGAUAGAAAGCAAGCCGAAGCUAACUGAUACCCAGAAUCCACAAGAGGAGCCUGGCUAUAACCACCGUCGGGGUGUUACAAAGAUGUCUGAGGAAGAGAGAGCAGCUCGGCUGCAAGAAAUGCAACUCAAUGCGGAGCUUCAUGAAGAGCAAAGGUGGAAACGAUUGAAGAGAGCAGCUGAGUCUGAUGCCCAGGAGGCAUUGCGGGCAAGUUCUUCCCAAGGCAAGAAUUUCUUAGAUGCUGCCCAAAAGAGCAUUUAUGGAACAGAAGAAGGGGGAAGCUCUACGAUUGAAGAGAGUGUCCGUCGCCGUGCUUAUUACUCACAAGGGGGCUCUGCAGCACAUGAAAGCAAUGCAUUCCGGCGGUGAUUGUGUUGCAUGAUUUAUUUCCUGCAUAAAUUUUGGAACUAUACAAUGCAUUAUCUUCAUCAGGGUUUCUUUAUGACUUCAUUGGUAUUGCUUUAAUGUGAUAUCACUGCCUCAGAGCGUCUCGGCAUGGAGCCAAACUCUUGGUCAGGUGUUUUUCUACCCCGAGCAGUAAGAUACACAAAUUUACGCAUCUGAUACUUAAGCUUCGAGUGGCUUGUAAGUUUCAUGCAGGUUAAAAUAUAGCAUUAUAAUCCUUCAGAAAUUCCAAGAUUAUCAUUUUUUUUUAAACUUUGAGUUAAAGAUUAUCAGGUAUCCAAAAGCCAGAAGAUACUGUAUCUUCUGGAACUGUCUCUGUAUACAUUUAAUAUUAUUUGGAGUGCUUUUCGUUUGGAAUUCAACUCAGUGAAGAAGUACCAGAUUUUCAAUAA